AUGACCAUUAUAGAUGAUCAUUUUUCCUAUAGAGAUGGUGAAGACCGGGUUUCUCGAUCUAGAGGUGAUCCUCUGCUCAACCAGAUGAAAAGAAUCGUUAUUAAGAAAAGAGUAAUAACCUCUUUCUUCGUAAUAUUCUUUAUAUUGGCGCUCUUCGGUGGAUCACUUGCAGCAUAUUUCUUCCUUGGUUCUAAAACCAUAAGAAGCUUCAAAUCUGCAGCAAUUGAACAUAUCGAAUCCACUUAUCCUUAUAUGGAGCCAUCCAAGAGAGCUGAAUUAGUUGAUGAAAUUGUGAAGAUUCGACAAACUGGAAAGAUCACCUCUGAAGCUUCCGAUGAACUUGAUGUGUUGAUUGAAUUUGAUUCCUUUGUUGAGAAACACAAGAGAGUUCACAAGACUUUUGACCAAAGACUAGAAAGAUUUCUCAUUUUCAGGAAGAACUUUUACAUUGUUAGAGCUCACAAAGUCUCCGAACCUUAUUCAUUGGAAUUGAAUAAAUUUGCCGAUUUAUCUGAGGAAGAAUUUAAAGCACUUUACCCUGUCAUAACACCUCCUAAAGCAUACACUUCACUCUCAAAGCAUCUUGAAUUUAAAAAGAUGUCAUACAAAAAUCCUAUUUAUAUUUCCAAACUCAAAGAGGCCAAGGGUGUUGAAGAAAUAAAGGAUAUUUCUUUGGUAACUGGGGAAAACCUUGACUGGACUAGAACCGACACUGUCAGUCCAGUUAAGGACCAAGGUGAUCACUGUGGUUCAUGCUGGGCAUUCUCAUCUAUCGGUUCUGUAGAAAGUUUAUACAGACUAUACAAAAACAAAUCGUACUUCUUGAGUGAGCAGGAACUUGUAAAUUGUGACAAAUCUAGUAUGGGUUGUUCUGGUGGUUUACCCAUUACUGCCAUGGAAUACAUCCACUCUAAAGGAAUUAGCUUUGAGUCAGAGAUUCCAUACAUUGGAAUCGAUGCUCCAUGUAGACCAAGUAUCAAGAAUAAGGUCUUCGUUGAUUCAAUUUCAAUAUUGAAAGGAAACGAUGUUGUAAAUAAGUCAUUGGUUAUCUCACCAACUGUAGUUGCAAUCGCAGCCACGAGAGAACUUAAAUUAUAUCAAGGAGGAGUAUACACCGGAAAAUGCGGUGAUGCAUUAAAUCAUGCUGUAUUAUUAGUUGGAGAAGGAUAUGAUGAGGAAACAGGUCUUAGAUAUUGGAUAAUUAAGAAUUCCUGGGGAGAAGAUUGGGGCGAAAACGGCUUCCUAAGAUUGGAAAGAACCAAAAAAGGUUUAGAUAAGUGUGGAAUCUUAACUUUUGGAUUAAAUCCAAUCCUUUAUUCGGCAUAG